AUGGGAACGUUCAAGCGGCUCGUGCCAGUGGCGGUGGCGCUGCUGCUAAAAAUUGGAAUUACUGUCGCCUUCUAUUGCUAUCCCGGACGAGAGCUGCUCAAUAUCGAGGAAAAUGAAGGGCUUAGGUGCUUCACCUUCGUCGACAUUAUCCUCUUCGUCCUCACCAUGGUUCACUUCAUUACUGCUUCUACCAUGGAUCCUGGCAUCUUUCCCAGGGUGCCACCGGAAGAAGUAGUCGAAGACGAUCUCAUGCCCUUGUACAAAAACAUCAACAUCAACAACGUUGCCGUCCAAAUGAAGUGGUGCAGUACAUGUAAAUUCUAUCGCCCUCCAAGGAGUUCGCACUGUUCUGUUUGCGAUAACUGCGUCCAAGACUUUGAUCACCACUGUCCAUGGCUGGGGAACUGUAUUGGAAGGAGAAAUUACCGCUUCUUUUGCUGGUAUCUUGCCACUUUGUUUUGGAUACAAAAAUUAUAUGCUCUCUUUUUCUAUUUUCGCAUCGUUUUUAAAUUUGUAUCCUCGAAAAAGACGCUCCACAUGGUCUUUACUUUCACAUGUUCAUUAGUGUAUAUAUUUGUUGCAAAGAAAGACGAAGACUUUAGUGCUACGAAGAAGGAAGUUGUUAUAUCAAUCAUCAUCUGUUCACUUGUUUUCUUAUUAUUUUUAUUCGUCUGCGGUUUAACGAUGUUCCAUACUUACCUGAUAACAAAUGGUCGGACGACCUACGAACAGUUCUCAGCCCGUUAUCCAAAAGAAUCCCCUUUCGACCAAGGUUGCAGUUUCAAUUGGCAUCGGACCUUUUGUAAUUCAAUUCCACCCUCAGUUAUCAAUAAUCUGCCAUCAUUCCAAGUCACAAAUCCUCAUGCUUUCCACGACGGCGAAACGAACGGACGCGCCAAGAACUACAUCGUUCGAAAAGAUCACAACACGAGCCAAGUUGUCAAACUCAUCGGCAACGAGCAGAUAGAAUCUGUUUCUAUCGGCAGUUGCAACGACAUAGGACAUAGCGAAAUGGAUCUGCGCGCGUCUCAAAGUCAAGGAAAUCUUAGCCUGGCCAAUUUGCCGAAUGGCAUCGCCGUAUCAAUUCAGAACCUUGCCGUUCAGACACAAAAAUCCGGCCUCGUUUGCAGCUUGCCCGAAGCAGAAGAGUAUACAAAUGCCAAUGCCAAUAGCAAACAAGAUGACAUAGGGACAGGUCACAGAGAUCUUUUGUAA